AUGCGCGCCUUCUCGCUCCUCAUUGGCUGUGUCGCCCUGCUGGGCGCCGUCCAGGCACGUCCUGAGCCGCCAUCGCCCUACUAUGGAUUACCACAGCAGCAGAGCCAGCGUGCGCUGCCUUUGAAUGUGCAUAAUGCGCCGUCACACAUCUACCAAGGUCUGCCCCAGGAGCAAUCGUUUGCCAACUUUGCCCCGACGUCGGCUCAGCCUCAAAUGAACUACCUGGCACCCAAUCAGCAGCUGGAGGAGCAGCUGGCGCCUGCCGCAGAGUCACUCAACUCAUACGAUGACUCAUACAACAUGGCGCAUCGUUUGUCGGGAGUGCAACAUGCCAGCGGCUAUAACAAUGCGCCACAGGAGACGCGCGUGCACAAGCACAUCUAUGUGCAUGUGCCGCCCAAGGAUUUCGAGCAGGAGGACGCCGUGCAGCCACGCGUGCACCAUGAGCUGGGACCCAAGCAGAAGCAUUACAAGAUUGUGUUCAUCAAGGCGCCAUCGGCUCCGGCGCUGCGCCCGCCAAUCGUGCCACCACCACCACAGAACGAAGAGAAGACGCUGAUCUAUGUGCUGCACAAGAAGCCCGAUCAGGAGCAGGAUAUUGUCAUUCCCUCACCGCCACCCACCAAGCCGUCCAAGCCCGAGGUCUACUUCAUCAAGUACAAGACCAAGAAGGAUGAGGUGCCCGUCUAUGGACCGCCUCCAGCUGAGAUGGAACCACGUCAGGCCACCGCCGAUGACUUUGCACCCAUUGCCGAUGUGUCCGAUGUUCUGCCCACGACCAGCGCACCCGAGCUGGAGCAGCCCGAGCAGCCCGCUGCCCUGCCCUCAUCCAUUUAUGGCCCGCCCACAGCACCCGCCUACACGGGCGAGGAAGUGCAGACGACGCUGGCCGCACCUGCCCAUCAGUAUUUGCCCCCAGCCACGGCAGCCGGCAACGAGGAGCCCUCCAUGGCGCCCAUCAUUGUCGAGGACACCGAGCAGCGUCAACCUCUCGAUGCAGCUGCACCCACAUCCGGCCAUCUGCCCGCUGCCAACUACGGCCCGCCCAGCCGCUACUUCCUGAAGAAGAUCAAGUAA